AGUGCCCUGUCUCAACUAAUUUAAGCCAUGGACGUGAUAACCACUUUCAUCUGUCACAUAAAUUUAGACCUCAUUUUAUGUUUCUUGUCAUGUAACCAAGUCGUAUCUGCUCCAGGACAAAACCAUGGGGUUGCAAAAGAAGGCAAAAAAGCUCUUAGGCUGCGCCAUCUUCAUAGAACCCUUCCAUAUCUUGAUCAUUACCCUCCUCAGUCUCUUGCUGCCCCUCUCAUUUCUCCUCCUGACCAGACUCUCUAGUUACAACUAUCUGCUGACCAUCACGUCUGAUCCUGUACAACAACAACCAUCUUCUUUCAUCACAUCUUUAUUCCUGUCAAUCAAUACAGCAGUUCUGUACUUUCUUGUUUCAGUUGUUAGCAUAGCCACUCUUAUUCAUGGCUUGACAGGAAAAAUCACCCUUCUAAGUGAGUCAACAGGCGCAACUUCCCGACCCGGAUUGUACACUGCAUGGAUUAUGUUAUGUACGCUACAGAUUUGUGUUGGCUUGGGCGUUCAACGCAGCGUAUCUGCUGGGAUGUUCGAUGGUUCUGGUUUUGAUAUUCAAAGAAGUUUCUUGAGUAGAGUUAUAUUUUUCUUGGGGUUGCAUGAGACCAUGAUCCAUUGGUCCAGGACUGUUGUUAAGCCAGUGGUUGAUGACACCAUUUUUGGUGCGGCUAGAGACGAGAAGUGGGAACAAAGGCUGACUGUAGCUUUGAGCUGUGGUACUUUGUGGUGGUGGAGGUUAAGGAAUGAAGUUGAGUCUCUGGUUUUUGUGGCAGAGGCAAAGAUAGAGCUGCUGAUGGAUUUAGCAGUGGCUGACAUGGUUGGUUGGUGGCUGUAUUACCUGACGGUAACAAUUGGAAUGGUAAGACUUGUGAAGGGUCUUAUCUGGGUUGGGGUGAUCUUGCUUUGUAAGAGAGUAAGAAGAAGGAAUUCUACUGAAACUUGUGAGCUGGAUGAAUUAGACAAGGUCUGAAAUCGACCUUCUCUAUCCUCCUUUUCUUUUUUAAUAGUAUGUUCUUAUUUUUCAUUCUGCAGGGCAAUUGCUCUGUAAUAUAAUAUGUUGCAUUCCUUUAUU